UGAAAGGGAUGCGUUACUUUUAUUGCCCCCGGCACUGAAAUCCAGAGACCGACCUGGAAAAACUGAAUCCAUUGCUUUCUCUCUCUCCCUCUAUUUCUCGUUGCUCGAGCAAACUCUGUUCGAGCCAGUUCGAUUCGAUAGAACAUGACCAAGUGGUGAAGAAAGAUCUGUGUUUUGUUGGAUCGAUUGAUCGGGAUUCAAAUUCGAUUUUGGGAAAAUGCAGAGGAAGGAAUCGUAUAACCGGCUCUCCGGUGUGGUGUACAGAUCCCGAAUUUCAACUCUCUUGCUCUCCAUGCUCGCCACUAUGGCUUCCUUUUAUGUCGCCGGCCGCUUGUGGCAGGAUGCAGAGAACCGGGUCUAUUUAAUAAAAGAGCUUGAUAGGAUAACUGGGCAGGGGCACUCUGCAAUAUCAGUGGAUGAUACACUGAAAAUUAUUGCCUGCAGGGAACAACAGAAGAAAUUAUCAGCCCUUGAGAUGGAACUGGUAGCAGCCAAACAAGAAGGUUUCACUUCGAACCACUGGUCAAAGACUAAUAAGAUACCUAAGAAAAGGCCCCUAGUGGUCAUAGGAGUACUCACAACGUUUGGCCGCAAGAACAAUAGAGAUGCAAUCCGCAAGGCGUGGAUGGGAACUG